UUGGCUGUCGGGUUCUCCGCCGCAGCCACCAAAGGGCUUUUCAGCAACCAAGAAUUAACAAGCUCAACCAUGGCGGUCGACGAGCUGGUGAGCCCUGUGGAGAGGCUCGCCGCGCCACUGAACCUCCCCGUCUUCCGCGCGGGCCUGGAGGCUCAGCUCGCCCGGCACCCCUACUUCCGCAGCAUCCAGGUCACGGGCAAGGACGGCGCGCCGCGGUGGGUGACCACGCCGGUGAACCUCGACGACCACAUCGUCGUCCCGCGGCUGACCGGCGACCCGGACCGGGCCGUCGAGGACUACCUCGCCUCCCUGUCCACGCUGCCCAUGGACCACACGCGCCCGCCGUGGGAGUUCCACUUCCUCGACGUCCGGACCGCCGAGGCGGCCGCCACCGUCGCGCUGCGGAUGCACCACGCCCUUGCCGACGGCAUGGCGCUCAUCACGCUCCUCAUCUCGUCCGCCCGCAGCGCCGCCGACCCGGCCAGGCCCGCGUCCGCGCCGCCGCCGCCGGCGCGCCGCACGGGCACCAUCUACGCGCCGCCGCGCGCCGCGCUCCUCGUGCGGGUCUGGUCGUACCUCCUGCUCGCGUGGCACAGCCUCGUGGAUGUUGCUUCCUUCGUCGCCACCUUCUUGUUCCUCAGUGAUCCGAACACGCUGUUCAAGAGAUCAGCAGCGGACCACGGCGAGCCCCGCCGCCGCAUGCGCUUCGUCCACCGGAGCUUCAGCCUUGACGACGUCAAGUUCAUCAAGAAUGCCAUGAACUACACUGUCAAUGAUGUGCUAGUUGGAGUGACUUCGGCCGCUCUAUCACGGCAUUUCUUUCGAAAAGCCGGUGACACAAAGACGAGGGGAAUAGUAUUGCGAUCAAUACUCCCUGUCAAUACAAGGCCAACCAAUAGCCUACAAACGGAUGUUGAUAUGAUAGAAUCUGGCAAGAGUACUGCUGUGAGAUGGGGAAAUCGGCUGGGCUACAUCAUCCUUCCAUUUCAUCUAGCCAUGCACGAUGAUCCACUUGAAUACAUUCGCAAGGCAAAACAGGUUAUUGUUAGGAAAAAGAAUUCACUAGAAGUGAUCAUCAUACACAUGGCUGUUGAAAUUAUCUUCAAAAUACUUGGGCCAAAGGUACGUUUACUACCAUUUAUCUUAUAUGCAUGCAUGGUCUUCAUAAAUAUCAAACUGCAAAAGGCCAGGUCUCCUACUAGUCAAGCGGGGGCUUAUAUCUUCAAUAGUGUGCUCAGAAAUACAACCAUGACUUUCUCAAACUUGAUUGGGCCACCGGAACAGAUAGAGUUAUGUGGGCAUCCAGUUGCCUACAUUGCACCUAGCGUCUACGGGCUUCAGCAAGCUCUUACGGUGCACAUACAAAGUUACUGCAACACUAUCAAAGUCAUUCUAGCAGUUGAUGAGGAACAAUUUCCAGACCCUCGUCAACUUUUGGACGACUUUACAGUAUCCCUGAACCUCACCAAGGACGCGGCUGCAAAGGCUUCACCAAAAUUGAUUAGGAAAGAGUGA